AGUUCAGCUAAGAGUUCUUCUAUCACUUCUACUAGCAGAAAUAGCAAUGGCGUCCAGGGAAAAUACUGGCUCCACGACAGACACCGCCCGUGUAGGAGGCAGAGGUCCGCAUCCACAGACCGAUGAGAGCUUGCCCGAAGCUGUGCGCAGACUGAAAGAUUUGCUGGUGCGUCGCUAUCGUGGCGCAACAGCCGAUCUAGGUGAAGGCAUGGUAGAUAGCGGUGUUGCCGAACCCGGAGUAGCGGACGUGCAUGUGAACCUGAUUAUGUUGUCUAGGCCAGAUCUGAGGCAGGAGUUUGAGAAUCCUAGGUUGGAUUCGAGCGAGGACAUGUGGCGUGUUGAACAUGUGUUCAGUCGGGCUGCAGAAAGCUUGGAGAACAUCUCACUGGAGGAUCUGUUCAAUCUGGAAGAACGUCAGGAGGUGGUAUUCUGCAGCGGUGGACGGACAUACCGCAUGCUGGUGGUUGCGAGCGCCGGUUGUGGAAAGACGUUCGUGUUUACGAAAGUUGCGCCAUACAAAUGGGCAAUGAAGGAGUUGUGGAACCAGUUCGACCUUGUGCUGACGAGAAAGCUACGACACAAGGAGGUAAGGAAAGCGAAGAGUGUGUGUGCUCUGUUUGGUGUGGAAGAGCUGGGAGAAUUUUCUGGUGAAGAGCGUAGGGUCAUCGAUGACUUUGUCCGCCAGAAUCCGCAUCGUGUAUGUGUUCUGCUAGAUGGCCUAGACGAGACACGUAUUAGCGAGUCCAGUGGCUUUGUUUGUGGUGUAUUAAACGGCGAACAGCUGGAGGGUAUCCGUCUGGUGGUGACAUCCCGUCCUUGUGUCGACGUGCUGAGCUUGAGUAGUAAAAAGCAGUUCGACAGGCGCGUGGAGCUUGUAGGUUUUCGGCAAGACGAUGUAGAGGAUUACAUCGGGAAGGUGCUGAAAGCACCAGAUGAAGCAGCAGCCCUUGUAGCGGCAGUACGCGCUGACCCACACCUUGGCAGCAUGAUGGCAACGCCAUUCCUGGCCAUGCAGACGUGCAAACUGUUCCACUGCCGCAAUGGCACGCUGCCUCGCUGCAUCACGGAUAUCUUUGACAUGAUGAUCAUCCAGGUGGCCGAGCGACACACGGGUGAGGUGUACGCUUCCUGGAGUGAAAUCCCUUCCGUCGUCCGUGACCUUUUCCUGGAUCUUGGAGCCGUGGCAUUUUUCAUGCUGGAGAGACAGCGGCUGAUAUUCACGGAUGCCGAUUUGGCCAAGCACUCUAUCGCUACAGAGGCCAAGGCUCUGGGGUUGCUGGUGCUAGCCGACACGACAACCAGGGACGACAGCAAACUGUGGAUGUUCAGUCACCUGACAAUGCAAGAAUCCCUCGCGGCUUGCUAUUUAGGCGUAAGAAGAGCAACUUCGAUAGGAAGCGUUGUGCAUCUCGUGGAGUCUCUAGGUCCAGAAACUGAGCAUUUGCGCACUUUUUGGAUGCUGUUGACAGCCCAGCUGGAUGCGGAGAAAGCCGACUGCUUACUCAAUGGACUACUUACUCGGAAACAGGUUGAGUCACGUCAUGCGUUGGAGGACAGCGACAACGAAGAUGAUGACUUACUCCAUUCAUCAGCUAUACAAGGUUUCCCCUUGGAUAUGUUGGAGCCACUGUGUUGCGAUUUGAACGACCACGACGUUCGCCGUCUCUCCGAAGAGCUGCUCUUUGAAGCCCUUGACGGUGGUAGCGGCUCACGACUGGUGGAAAAGAGGUGCAAGAAUGGCCGGCUUGCUAGCAAUGAAGAGUUCCUGAAAACAUUGCUUCUCACGUGGGUAGAGAUUUGCCCAGAUGCCACUCGUACGUCAGUUGCCAGUGCUCUCAACUGUAUGGGGAAAUCUGAUCUUGCAGCAACUCUAACUGCAUCUACGCUCGUUGACUUGCCAUCAGCACUGCCUCACUAUCACAAAAAGAUUGCCUUUGUUGACCGGUCUCGCUUAGAUCUUUCUGUGCUAUGUUAUGCUGAAUAUGCCCGUCACCAUGGAAACAGCAGUGACUAUUGUACAUCAAGUAUUGCUGCAGCACUGGCGAGCAACUGGGCCCAGAUUGAUUUCGGUGAUCAUCCGGCUAUUGUACGUGCGUACAAUCUGGCUCUUGCGCAGCACCCAUCCAGUGUGCACCGUUUUGAUGUUGACUUCCAGCCGAAUUCUCCCUGCUCAUUGAUUGAUGGCCUGCCUCAGCUUACCGCUGUUGCUGAAUUACAAGUGAGCAGUUGUACAUGUGCGUGGCAGUGGGAGAAGAUCACGUCCAUCAUUACUUCAUCCAAGCACAGCAUGAAACAUAUCUUUAUGCGUAGAUGUCACCUUGGUGUUACCACCGUGCCCUCGGACCCAGCCAGUCCGCAGCUGGCACAGGAUACCAGCACUGGGUCGGUAUCAACGAGCAGAGAUGGCGGACACAUCCCUGCCUCACUACUGGCUGAUACACUCGCGGAUGUUCCUCGCCUGCAGAUAUUUGUCCUAGAUGAAUGUUCUGGCUUUGAUAAUGAUGAUGUGCAGCGUAUCUUUGACGUAUUGGCCAAUUCGCAUCACCUCAUCGAACUGCGGAUUUCAGCAAAUCUGCAAUCCCACUACUUACCUACGCUAACAUGUAACUUGUCCUCCAAAUGGAACGCCUUACAAGAGCUUCAGGUGACGCUCAGUGUAGUUGAUCCAUUGGCGGCUGAACAACUGUCCAUGUUGCUACAUGUUGUCAGUGAGCACAAGUCAUUAAUUACGCUCCGAUUGAGCGUCUAUGAGGAUAUAGAUGUAUCCGAAUACAGUGUAGUGCAGGACAUAUUGAGAGACAACCCGGCUCCACCACAUCGGAAUUACCUUUUGCGGUAUUUCAAAUCAGGACCCUCGGGCUGGGUCAGAUGCUAAAAAUACCCAGAGCCAAGGUGUGGGAUACUUGCUAAAUCCGCAAUCAUGUGUACAGUCGCGUCCGUCAACAGUGAUAGAGGUUUUCGCAGGAACUCGAGUAGCAUCAUCGCCUCGGAAGCCAUUCAACUACAAUAGCAACACCAUCAUCACCAUUUCCAGCCAUACCAGCACCGUAAACUGUGCAAGCAUACUCCUCAUCAAGCCUUUCGUAGGCGACGAGUGCAUCAAGUAGAACAGCUACAGAAGGUGGAGUUGAGCAGCACAAGAAGUGGACUGAAGAACUUCUUCAGAAGGAACCAUUGUGACCGCAGGAGUAACCGUAACGACAUGAACCAGAACCGCAACAGCUUCAGCAACGACAGUUAGCAGAGGCAGUCCCACCGAGUAGCCAUAGCAGCUCCAGCCAGCAGUCAUAGCAACCCCGGUCAGCAACCAUAGCAACCCCAGCCGUAGCCAUAGCAACCGUAGCCAACAGCAAUAGCAACCACAGCCAGAAAACAUAGCAACCAAGCCAGCAGCUGCAGCAACCCCAAUGGCAGCCAUGGCAACCCCAGGUAGCAACCAAAAAACUCUAGCCAAAAGCCAUGGCAGUCCCAGCCAGCGACGGCCAUAGUUCCAGCCAGCAGCGAAAGCAACCGGGUCCGUCAGAACUGUACACAGAAGUCACAGGUACUCCUAGCAUCAGCAGCAGCAGCAGAUACAGCAUUAUUAUCAUUAGCAGAAACGGUGGCGGCGGCAGCAGCAGCAACAGGAGCAACGACAAGGGCAGGAGCAAUGGUAGCAACAGGAGCAAGAGGAACAAGGGCAGCAACAGGAGCAAUGACAGCAUCAGGAGCAACGGCAGCAACAGAAGCAGGGGUAGCAACAGGAGCAACUGCAGCAACAUGAGCAAGGGCAGCAACAGGAGUAAUGGCAGCAACAGGAGCAAUGGCAGCAUCAGGAGCAACGGCAGCAGCAGGAGCAACGGCAGCAACAGGAGCAACGGCAGCAACAGGAGCAACGCCAGCAGCAGGAGCAACAGGAGCAACGGCAGGAGCAAGGACAGCCUCAGGAGCAAUGGCAGCAGCAGGAGCAACCACAGCAACAGGAGCAACGGAAGCAGCAGGAGCAAAAGCAGCAACAGGAGCAACAGCAGCAUCAGGAGCAACGGCAGCAACAGGAGCAAUCGCAGCAAUAGGAGCAAUGGAAGCAACAGGAGCAACGGCAGCAUCAGGAGCAAUGGCAGCUUAAGGAGCAACGGCAGCAACAGGAGCAAUGGCAGCAACAGAAGCAACGGCAGCAUAAUGAGCAACCGCAGCAUCAGGAGCAAUGGUAGCAACAGGAGCAACGGCAGCAUCAGGAGUAACAGUAGCACCAGGAGCAACUGCAGCAACAGGAGCAACAGCAGCAACAGGAGCAAUGGUAGCAACAGGAGCAAGGGCAGCAACAGGGGCAACGACAGCAUCAGGAGCAACGCCAGCAUCAAGAGCAACCGUAGCAACAGAAGCAAUGGUAGCAACAGGAGCAAUGACAGCAACAGGAGCAACGGCAGCAACAGGAGCAAUGGCAGCAUCAGGAGCAAUGGCAACGGCAGUAGCACCGGCAGUAGCAAAGGCAUCAGCAGCGGUGGUAGCAGCGCUGGUAGUUGCAGCAGUGGCCUCAGCAGCAGGAGCGACAUGUUUGCCAUGCACUGUUGCAUAGCAUGGCUGUGUUCCUGUGUUGUCAGUCAGUGCUGGUCAUAUGCUUUCACGCGUGAUUGCCAUUGUUGCAUAGCAUGACCAGUGUCUGCAACCGUGGCAGUUGCUGUUCCCGAUCAGCGGAAUUGACAUCAGUCGUGUUCCUGCAGAUGGUUGCGAAUUCGCCAGCUGCCUCGCAAGAAUAGUUGUUAGGUACCUCCUCCUGUACGUUGCCUCUUUCUAAAACCGUUUCCAACUGGCCUGUAUGGACCCUGUACUUACCCUCACAAACUCACCUCUUGUUCCGUUGGCCUGGGUAGCUACUCACCCGCCCCAAUAUUUUUUGUAGAUUCCACCUCAAGACAAUUUGCUUGAUAACAGUACUUGAAGAAUUCUUGAUUGAGUUGCAUUCUUUUGGAAUUACCUGUACAACUGCAUGUACUUGUAUUGUCUAAGGUAGAUUUUCCUUGCUUAUUAAUUUCCUGGAGGGCUGGUAGAAUUUCUGAUGGAGUUGUAUUCUUUCGACUUCUUGGACUCUCAACAUAACACAUAAUCUGACAACGUGACAAUAUCCUAUCAGGAAUGUUGAGUAAAAUUGUCGGACUAGUCCUAGAAAUGUGUUUGGAUUACAAUUGUUCGUAUUGCCUCCUUCUUCCAGGGUGAUACUUUUUCCAUGCGUUCAACCGGACUUCGGUAUGUUGAGCUUUUUCAGUCUUGUGUCCUUUUGACACAUCGGGCAUAAUCAUUUUCUCCUUCACUCUUAGAUAAAAAAAUGUUCUUCUGCAGAUCUGUUCUCUCUUCAGAGCUUACAUGAUGAUGUUCGUGGAUGGUCCGCUCGGUGUUGGACCCCUCAUUUUUUACGCCAGUUAAAUCUGAACAAUUAUGAUUGUUUUUCAACGUGACAAUUCUCUGUGGGUUAUGUCAAUGUCGUUAGAUACAGAGUACGCUGCUCUUCUUCAGUGUUCCUGUCUCUAAGUGAUAUGUUGGCUACCUGA